GCCCCCAAGUCAACUCUCUCUCUUUCUCUCUCUCUCUCUGUGCAAAUUUGAUCUGGUUUCAAUCUCCUUCGACAGUACAGUGGUCUGUGAAAGAUGUCGAAUCUGGACAUGUCUCUCGAUGAUAUUAUAAAGAUGAACAAGAAAUCCGGCGGGGGAGGAGGAGCUAACGCUAGAGGCAGAGCUCGGAACUCGGGCCCUGGACCAGCUCGCCGGGGCCCGAAUCGGACCGCCAAUCGCGCCACUCCCUACUCAGUUGGAAAGGUUCAAGCGCCGGAAAGCACGUGGCAGCACGACAUGUUCGCGGAUCACGCGGCGGCGUUCCCGUUGCUGGCUGGCCGGGUGUCUGCAAUAGAGACCGGCACGAAACUCUUCAUCUCUAACUUGGAUUAUGGAGUUUCUGAUGAAGACAUCAAGGAGCUCUUUUCAGAGUUUGGGGAUCUGAAACGAUACUCAAUCCAUUAUGAUAGGAGCGGUAGAUCAAAGGGAACGGCAGAUGUAGUCUUUUCACGAAGAAAAGAUGCUGAGGCAGCUGUCAAAAGAUACAACAACAUUCAACUUGACGGAAAACCCAUGAAAAUUGAGAUUGUAGGAACAAAUGUUGCAACUCGCACUGCUCUUCCUCCAUCUACAGACAGCUUGUAUGGAAAUCAAAAUAGUGCAUCCAGAAGCAGCCAAGGAAGAGGGGUUGCCGCAGCCGGAGGACGGCCUCGAGGUGGAGGUGGCGGCCGGGGCUUUAGGAGAGGGCGUGGCCGCGGCAGAGAUGGUGGCGAAAAAGUAUCUGCAGAAGAUCUGGAUGCUGAUCUGGAGAAGUACCACGCAGAAGCAAUGCAAACAAAUUGAAGCAACCAGGAAUAUUGUAUGCCAAGUUGUUCAAACUUUCAAAGUAGCUUGUGCUUCUGACGUGAUGGUGGUAGGAAAUGUAUCCAUGAAUUGACUUCUUGCUUGGACUUUGUACGGAACUUAGGCGUUAUUCUGUUGCUGACUUUGAGAAUUAUUUAUGGGUUUUUGAGGAGCUUGUGGUGUCUGUAUUAUAUACACAUAGAUAAUUUGUUUUUAUUCCCUUUUACUUCCGAAUGCAGAAUAGGAAGUGGCUCAGUCUAGUAUUGGUAAAACAAGGGAUUGUAACAGAAUUUCUUUGCUUUAAUUUUUAGCAUUCUUAUUUGUUUC